AAGUAAUGGCAUGAGCCUUGCGUCGAGAUACGAGUACUGUACAGCGAAUUUCUCGCACCUGAACUUUUACACUCUUUCCCGAGGACUAUUUUACCAUUUAAACGGGACGUAUUAUUACGUUAUUUACUCUGUCAAGCAACAGCAGCACUUGAGAAGUCACUCCACCGCACUUGCGUUCCUGUCUUGACAAAUUAAAAAUAAAAAUAUAUGGUGUUGGACAUGUGAAAUACACGGGCAACUUCAAACAUGAAGCUGGCAUCUUCUCUGUGUUGCCUCGGGUUUCUUCUCACUUCUGUGGCGGUCCGUCUGAGCGACUCGCAGCAAGUAUGCACUGGCACAGAGAAUAAACUGAGUACUCUGUCAGACCUGGACCAGCAGUAUCGGACCCUUCGUAAAUACUAUGAGAACUGCGAGGUGGUGAUGGGGAACCUUGAGAUCACCAGCAUUGAUCGCAGUCGUGACCUGUCCUUUCUUAGGUCCAUUCGUGAGGUGACCGGCUAUGUGCUUGUGGCACUAAAUCAGUUUGAGUAUCUGCCCCUGGAGAAUCUUCGCAUUAUCCGCGGCACCAGGCUGUAUGAAGACCGCUACGCCCUGGCUAUCUUUCUCAACUACCGCAGAGACGGCAACUUUGGUCUCCAUCAGCUUGGCCUUAAGAACCUCACAGAAAUUCUGAAUGGAGGGGUGUACGUGGACCAGAACAAGUUCCUGUGUCAUGCUGAUACCAUCCACUGGCAGGAUAUAGUGAAGAACGCUCGCCCUGAUCACCUGGUGGUGCCGUCCAAUAGCAGCAGCUCAUGUCAGAGGUGUCAUAGAGGAUGUAAUGGACGCUGCUGGGGGCCAAAGGAGGACCAGUGUCAGAGCUUGACGAAGACCGUGUGUGCUGAGCAAUGUGAUGGCCGCUGUUUUGGGCCGUACGUCAGUGACUGCUGUCAUCGUGAAUGUGCUGGAGGCUGUUCUGGACCAAAGGACACAGACUGCUUUGCCUGCACUAAUUUCAACGACAGCGGCGCAUGUGUGACGCAAUGCCCUCAGCCCUUUGUCUACAACCCCAACACGUUCCAGCUGGAGCACAACCCACGGGCCAAAUACACAUAUGGAGCAUUCUGCGUCAAAAAGUGCCCACAUAACUUUGUGGUGGACCACAGCUCCUGUGUCAGAGCCUGUCCCACCAACAAGAUGGAGGUGGAGGAGAAUAGGAUCAAGAUGUGUAUCCCCUGCACUGAUAUCUGCCCAAAAGCAUGCGAUGGAAUCGGCACUGCCAGCCUUCAAAUGGCCCAAACCGUAGACUCCAGCAACAUCGACAGAUUCAUCAACUGCACCAAGAUCAACGGAAACCUGGUGUUCCUCAUCACAGGCAUUAAAGGGGACGUAUACCACAACAUAGAGCCUCUGGAUCCAGAGAAACUCAGCGUGUUCCGCACCGUCCGAGAGAUCACCGGUUUUCUAAACAUACAAUCUUGGCCAGAAAACAUGACUGAUCUGAGUGUCUUCUCCAAUCUGGCAACCAUUGGAGGCAGGUCUCUCUACAGUGGUAUCUCUCUACUGGUGCUGAAGCAGCAGUGGAUUUCCUCACUGAAGCUGCAGUCUCUGGGUGAGAUCAGUGCUGGAAACGUGUACGUCACCAACAACAGUCAACUCUGCUUCUACAACACUGUCAACUGGACGGGACUCUUCCGCACCAGCACCCAGAAGGCCCUGAUCCGCAACAACCGCGACCCCAAGGAAUGCAUUUUGGAUCGUAUGAUAUGUGAUCCGCUGUGCUCUGAUGCUGGCUGCUGGGGUCCGGGGCCUGACCAGUGCUUGUCCUGUCGGUUCUUUAGUAGGGGACGUACCUGUGUCGAAUCCUGCAACCUGCACCAAGGGGAUGUACGCGAGUUCGCAAACGGUUCAGUGUGCCUGGAGUGUGAUGCGCAGUGUGAGGUGGCAGAUGACAACGGUCUUACCUGCACUGGGCCUGGUCCUGAUCACUGUGUUAAAUGUCUUCACUUUAAAGACGGACCCAACUGUGUGGAGAAAUGCCCUGAUGGCCUACAGGGAGCAAACAGCUUCAUCUUCAAAUAUGCUGAGGCCAACAAUGAGUGUCACCCCUGCCAUGUCAACUGUACCCAGGGAUGCACAGGACCUCGUCUGCAAGACUGCAUUGGCAUGAUGGACAGGACUCCCCUCAUUGCAGCCGGGCUUAUUGGGGGAUUGUUUGUGGUGAUCAUUGUGGGUCUAAGUGUUGCCAUAUCAGUGAGAAGGAAGAGCAUCAAGAAGAAGAGAGCCUUGAGACGCUUCUUGGAGACUGAGUUGGUGGAGCCACUGACACCCAGCGGUGCGGCCCCAAACCAAGCACAGUUGCGCAUUCUGAAAGAAACUGAGCUGAAACGGGUGAAGACCCUAGGAGCUGGGGCUUUUGGCACUGUUUACAAGGGCAUCUGGGUACCUGAGGGCGAGACUGUGAAGAUUCCAGUUGCCAUAAAGAUCUUGAACGAGGCAACGGGGCCCAAAGCCAAUGUAGAGUUCAUGGACGAGGCUCUGAUCAUGGCCAGCAUGGAGCAUCCUCACCUGGUGCGGUUACUGGGUGUGUGUCUGAGCCCCACCAUUCAGCUGGUCACACAGCUCAUGCCCCAUGGCUGUCUGCUGGACUACGUGCAUGAGCAUAAAGACCACAUCGGCUCCCAAUUACUGCUCAACUGGUGUGUUCAGAUCGCCAAGGGUAUGAUGUACUUGGAGGACAGGAGACUUGUGCACAGGGAUCUGGCUGCUCGGAACGUCCUAGUAAAGUCACCCAACCAUAUAAAGAUCACUGACUUCGGUCUGGCUCGCCUUCUGGAUGCAGAUGAGAAGGAAUACAACGCAGAUGGGGGCAAGAUGCCUAUAAAGUGGAUGGCAUUGGAGUGCAUCCACUAUAGAAAAUUCACCCACCAAAGUGACGUAUGGAGUUACGGAGUGACUAUCUGGGAGCUGAUGACAUUCGGAGGAAAGCCGUACGACGGAAUCCCAACCCGAGAGAUUCCUGACCUGUUGGAGAAAGGAGAGAGGCUUCCUCAACCUCCCAUUUGCACUAUUGAUGUCUACAUGGUCAUGGUCAAAUGCUGGAUGAUAGAUGCAGACAGCAGACCCAGAUUUAAGGAGCUUGCAGCAGAGUUCAGCCGAAUGGCAAGAGAUCCACAACGUUACCUAGUCAUCCAGGGAGACGACCGCAUGAAGCUGCCCAGCCCCAAUGACAGUAAGUUCUUCCAGAGUCUGCUAGAUGAGGAGGAACUGGAGGAUCUGAUGGAUGCCGAGGAGUAUUUAGUGCCACACGCCUUCAGUAUUCCUCCACUGGCAUACACAACCAGAUCACGCAUUGACUCCAACAGAAACCAGUUCGCAUACCAGGACGGCAGCUUCGGAAUGGAGGAGAUGAUGGCCACUAUCCCGCGGUUUGUGGCUUUGUCUGCGGUCAGCCCAGGCUGUUCCACUCAGAAGCAAUCUAUGGCCCAGCAGGGAGCCUCGGGGACUUCGGAGGCAUUUGAAGACAGCCGCUGUAAUGGCACUCUCAGGAAGAAGGCUUCACCCAGGGCGAGCACAGGGGAGGAAAGCAGUGUCCAGCGCUACAGUUCAGACCCAACUGUGAUACUAUGUGAGCGUGGAGCGAGAGCUGAGACCGACCAGGCUACAUACAUGAGCGCCAUGCAGGACAAAAAGCCCUCAGAUUAUCUCAACCCUGUGGAAGAGAACCCCUUUGUCACUCAUCGCAAAAAUGGAGAAGUCCACACUACCGAGCGAGGUUACCACAGUACCUCCAACGGGCAGCCCAAAGUGGAGGAUGAGUACGUCAAUGACCCGUUGUACCUAAACACCUUCCAUAAUUCUGGGGAAAAGAGUCAUGAUGUAUUGCGGAAGAACGGAGUGCCUAUGGCACACACGGCAGCAGCAGCAGUAGUAGUAGCAGCAGCAAAUAGUGGAACUUCCAUCAGCCAAAACCUUCCCCAAACCAUGCAACCAGCAGCACCCAGUUCCCAUGUCUCAACUCAGCCACUGUACCAAGGCAAACAAAGCAUCUCCACCCUCUCAGGCCACACCCACCACUCCGCCCAUCCCGGACACACUCUCCACCCCACACACUCUGGUACUAUCAAAGCAGACAUAAAGCCCAAAAAGACAUUUGACAAUCCCGAGUACUGGCAGCACAGUCUUCCCCCUAAGGGCACUCUCCACAACCCUGAGUAUCUGCAGGACUGCAGCACACGCUUCUUCUACCGGCAAAAUGGUCGGAUCCGACCCGCCGUGGCUGAGAACCAGGAGUACCUGUCUGAGUAUGCACUAAAACCGGGCACAGUGUUGCCACCGCCUCCCUAUCGUCAGAGGAACACUGUUGUGUAGCAACAACAGCCAAGACAACGAAGGAAAGAUGGAGGUAAAGAGAGAGUCAUAGUGUGUUCUCAUGCUGGCUCUCACACCAGCACUGCAAUCUCUGCGCUCUUCUCUGAACUGGAUUUAACACUCAACCUCCAAUGACCUAGAACUGAUCCACUUGAGUGAACUUCUCCUCCAGAGGCAUUGGUCACAGAUGGCCACAUCAAUCAAAGCUCCUUCCUGCUUGUCUCUUCUCACCUCAUGCACCAUUAAGAUCUGUUUCCCCUACCUGAGCCCAACUUUCGGAAAGUGAUACUCUUCCUAGCAUUUUGUAGAUGUUACAGUCAUCUCAUUGAAAGCAAGUACUGACGUUGACGUGCAAUGUGGGUUGGUCCAAUAGCAGAGAGGGGUCAUUCUUAUCUGUAAUUACAGAACUGGGAAUUUUUGGGGGAAUUUAAUUUGAAGCUACGAUAUGAUCUGUUGUAAUUUAUGACUUCAGUUAACAGUUUAUUUUAGCACACCAUACAUGAUUUUAUGAGGCAGAUGUGUUGUAUGCAAAUCCGUCAUAUUGGGAAUGUCUUUGUGAGCCCUGGGACACAAGGGCCCAAAAAGGUCCUCAAUGUCACCAACUAACUGAGACUCAAAAAAAAUUUAAAUGACAACCCUGGCUGUAAACUACAUGCUAUUAUAUACAACAAAACAUAUGUUCAUUACAGAAUGGUGUGAACUGGGACCUUGGAUCACCACCUUCUCGAAUGGUGUAUCUUCAAAAGACACAUUGUUUAAUGUUCUGUUCAAAAUAUCUCCAUAAUUCCUCUGCACAUGUAUUGUAUUGCUCAAACAAGCUACUUUUUAUUACUUCUAUUGAGCCGUUCUCUCAUCAUUUUUUAUUCUUAAGUGAGAAUGGAAUGAUUCCCAACUGGACACUGUAAAACUACAUGCGUAAAGGCAACCUGAUGAAGACAAGCAUCUCAUGCUUAGAACUGUAUCCGCCUGCAUAUAAUUGAGACCAUACUGCAGCCUGCCACAAAAUCAAUAACUUCAUAAAAGCAGAUCUACAACAGUCUACUGUAAUAACAUUUUUAUUGUUGAUCUGGCCAGCAUUGAUCUGUAUGCUCACAGAGUUGUCACCUUAAGGUAGCCUAACCAAGAGUAUCCAUGUAGAUGGAUGUACGGUGGCAAAUGGAUAUUUACACAGCUACAGAGGCCAAGAUUUGCAUGGAAGACUCAACAGCACACAAUGCCUGACCGGCCGGAAAACUGUUAUGCACAAGACUUGCAUUCAAGAUGGCAGCUUUUUCUAGCUGGGUUCAUUAAAACUGCAACAGUAGGGGACAUUUUGAAAUCUAUAAGACAGGAGUACCAUCAAACAGUAUCAUGAGGAACAAAUGAGAAUUUACGGAUGGAAUAUUUUCCCUGGGGUCAAAGAUGAGACUGCUUCAAAUAUGUCAACUCCAUUUGAACUGUCUCCCAUAAUGACUUUUCUUUAAGAAGCAUCUCAUGGAGCUAUACUGAUAUGAAUUUAGGAAGAUAACGCAGCUUAUUAGGGCAUGUUGUUCUCAUCAAAUGGAGGAAAACAACUUUGCUACAUAUUGGGGAAAUCUUCACCACACACACGUUUCUUUGGCCAGACUUGUAUAGUUUUUAACACUGCCAGUCACUAUGCGUUUCUGCUAAGGAGAAUAAUGAUAUUGUGUUGCUGGUUUGGAGAUUGGAAAUGGUUUUAUAGCACUUAACAGCGUGGCACAGCCACAUGAGUUUGUUUUAAACACCAAGGGCACUGAUUGAAUACUCAUUUAUAAUAAUCAUAGCUACAUGAUGAUAGCAAACACCACCCGCAUGCAUCAAAACAUUUGUUUUGCUCUAUCAUUUUUUUUUAUUAUUUUUUUUUUGUGCUUUUGAAUAUGAAGGUUUACAGUUACAUGGAGCACUUUAAUUAAUGAACAUAACAAAGAUAGAGCAGAGUUCUUUGGGAUUGCUGUUCCCAUGUGAUUGGGCAAAUUACAUUUUUGGCUCUCUACUGGAAACAAAAUCAGGGAAUGUUUGUGGCGUGCCAUAAUAUUUGCCAAACACAGAUGUUUACUAAUUUAAGUAUUUAUCUCAAGCUUUUAACCUUCAGAAUAAUGCAAUUGGGGCAGAAUUUAAGGUGGGUCACAGUAAAGGAAUGCUAAGAAUACCUAUAACAAUAAUAGAAGAUGCAUGCACAGGACAAAAACUCAUACUUGAAAUUGCUUCACUUAAGCUCCUAUAGAGUUUGGAAAUUAGUUUAAUAGUUGUGAAGUACACUGUGUAGAUUAAGAACUAAGACCAAAUUAUAUUUUAUUCAUCUUUCUUGUAUUUAUGAGUGAACCCAAUGCAUAGUUAUCUAAAUGAUUCUGGUGCAACCUCCAUCAAAACCACCUUACAGUUUCCAAAAGGGUAGAAGCUUGCAGUUAACUUCUCUUAAACCAAUUAAAGGCAAGGACCUUGUGCAUAUGCUACUGAUAAUGUCACGGCAGAUCAGGGUGUCUAAAUCUAUAUAUGUAGCAACUGCUGUGAAUACAUGGUGGGUAAAGAUUAACUAAAUCCAUCAAGUGAGGAACAACUAGACCAAAAUAGAGGGAGAAGAAUGCCUGAAAUUUAAGGAUGACUCUUUGCUAAUAAUUUCACUAUUAGCGACUGUUAGAGGAUUGGACUCAUUCUCUUUGGAAACAUUUCCAAUUUCUUGAAACUCUAGGAUAUGAGUUUUGGAUGGAGCACAAACAAUUUGACUCCCUGUUAGAAAAAUCUAGAACAACACAAAGACAUCUUGACAUGAACUAAAUAUACCAGAAGGGGCUCAAAGACAAUUAUGUAAAGAGUGGUAAAAUUAUUGGUGAAGGCUUAUUUUCUUUUCUUUUCUUUUUUUUUCUUUAGUCCACUAAGUGAGUUCACUAAGUUCCAGACCCUUGAAUCAUCUCUUCAAAAUGCUUAAAGUGUGCUUUACUACACUGCACAUCUAGAUGUAAUGCCUGCUUGGCAUGUUAUUCUACAUUCAGUAAACAUUUGAUGAAUUACUACUGCCACGAUCAGGAGAAAAUGUGCACAACUCUUUAAUGUACUUAGGUUUACUGCCUGAUUUCUGUUAGGAGUAAUAGGCCAAUAGCAAUGAGUUAACGGCAAUAAAAAUAAUUAAGACUUAAUUUAAAUAGAGUGCACUGCAGAACUAUUUUACCACCUUUAGUGUCUGGUUAAACUGGAUUAUGGGUGGUUUGUUGGAAAUUGUGGGAUUUUGAGUUUAAAAAUCAUAAGCUUUCCAUAUGUUUUUCUUCCUCAUCAGCUAGUUGUAACAUACAACUAAUUCAUUAAUUCCUUACAUUUAUAUAGCGCUUUUCUAGGCACUAAAAGCGCUUUACAUUUGUCAGGGGGAAUCUCCUCGUCCACCACUAGUGUGCUGCAUCCACCUGGAUGAUUUAGGCACAUAAAAGUCCCUUCGUAUGUUUAAAUAAGCCCUAAAGCUCUUUUAUAAUAAUCCUGAUAUCAUUUUACAGUAUAAAGAGGCAAUAAGCUUUACAAAAUACAAUGUGUUUCAGCUUCUGUUAUCACAUUACUGUUUAGGUACUUACAGUAUUUUAGGGUACUUCGUUUAACACAGACAAUUAAAUUAAUUUGCAGUUUUACUGAGUCUGCAUUUGCUAAUCUGAUAAUGUUUGUUUGCAUAUCAAAUCUGCAGCAUCGAAGAUUGCAAACAAAAGUGUAUUUUGGGUUUUUUUGUAUUGUCUUUUAUCAUUUCUUUUGAAAUGCACACUGGAACUUAUUUUGCAUGUGGCAAGGUAGUCGGAAAGUAUCGUUAGAUUUAAGCACAUUUAAAAAAUAAUUUGAUAUUACACAGGACAAAUAAAGGGAAGAAAAAAAUCUUCCUGCAACACUGACAUUUGGAAUAGUUGUUCCUCGUGGUUUUAAUACUGUACGUUGAGAAAAUGUGAAUAGUAUUUUUAUAGACAGUUGAAUUGGCCAGAUAUAUUUGUAAAUAGCUGGGAAACUUAUGCUCUUUUUGAACUGACCUUUUUUUUUUCAUUAUGUUUUGUUCACUUAUAUUGUGUGUGACCAGUUAUUCUUAUUUGAUGGCUGUAUAUAUCUGUAAUUUGAACAGCACAUAUUUGAUUUUGUAGAUCUUGCAGGUUCAUUUGGUACUUCGGUGUGUUUUUUCGUGACCGUAUGCACCGUGCACCGUAUGCUUGGUGCUUUUUGUGUUCUUUAACCUCUGCCCAUGUUCAAGAGGUAGGAGAUGUUUUCUUUCUGUCAGGUAUAGCCUCCCUCCAUCACCCCACAAUGUUCUCUUUGUACAGAAUCCAGCGUGGGGAAUCUGCAGCUGUCUGACAAUAGCAUUUCUAUCUCCCAGGAAUCUCUCUCAACUCCAGAUAGACUUUUCCUGACUUUAGUCCUGGUCAUAUUGCGAGUGUCUAGUUCUUUCUGAAUAUGUAAUUCAUAUUUCCAUCUCUUGACAUCUGCAGCCAACCACACCGUGAGCUCAGGCUUAUUAAAAGACUGUGAGUGCAAACACGGUGAGAAAUGAUGACAAAAGCCACAGUCACUGAACUCAACUUUCUCAAAAACAUCUGCCAUGGUGUUCCUUCAAGAGAGUCUCUAAUUGUCUGGAGUGUUCAUUUGGCCACGUUGUUACUGAGUGGUGGCUCGUCAAAACAAAACUCAGUUUUUGACACCCAUCUUCAGCUCUGGUCACAGUAACUUUCUCCACCACAGCUUUCCCAUUCCCCAAAGCUAGAGCAUUUAAAUACUGUUUCACAGUUUUGUUACCUGAAUCUAUAUUUUUAAUUUAAAUAAAUAAAUAAAUACAACACCUGA